GUUCGUUAAAAUGGCGGCGAAUAAAUCUACUACAAUAAAAGAGGCAAUAAAAAAAUGGGAAGAGAAAACUGGACUACACGCGUCCACUGCAACAGAAGUUAGUCUUAUUUUUCAAUGGCCGCCAAUCGAGAAAAUGGAUAAUACAUUGGCGAACUUGACUCAUUGCGAGAAAUUAAGUUUAUCGACGAAUGUGAUCGAAAAAGUGACUGGAUUGAAUAGCUUGAAAAAAUUACGAGUGCUGUCUCUGGGAAGGAAUUACAUUAAAUCGUUCUCGGGAAUGGAGUGUUUAAGCGAUACCUUAGAAGAGUUGUGGAUAUCAUAUAAUUUGAUAGAAAAGCUGAAAGGCAUUAACGUAUUGAGGAAUUUGAAAGUUUUGUAUAUGAGUAACAAUUUAGUGAAAGAGUGGAGCGAAUUCAAUAAACUACAGGAACUUCCAAAUCUGGACGAUCUUUUGUUCGUUGGCAACCCUCUCUAUGACGCGUGCGAACUUGACACAUGGCGGUCAGAAGCGGCGCGUCGUUUGCCUAACUUGAAGAAAUUAGAUGGAGAAACUGUUUUACGGGAAGAUGAACCACCUUUGACUGUUGCUGAUAUGCAGCCUGAUGGUGGUGAUGCAGUGGAAACUCUAGUAAGUGCAGAAACAAAUGAUUGAAGAAUAAAGUUUAAACUCUUACUAUGA